UUGAGCCUGGACAGAUGACGCGUUUCAGUCGGAUCAAAUUCAGCGACGCACCAACACUUCUGCGCAGGGCGGAAACCGCCAACAGCGACAGUGACCUGGAUAAAGUUAGUUUUUAUUUUUAAUAAGUUUUAUUAGUGACGCAGUGAGAAUCCGAAGCGGCGCAGGAAACGUCACGUGAUUUAAACUUCAAGUUGCACCUCUGUAGCUCUGCUAGCAUCGUGUUAGCAUGGAUGCUAGCAUGGAUGUUAGCGGUGAAACGGUGAGGAUGAACCCAGGAGCAGAGGUCCAGCACCGGGCACAGGAGGAGGACGAGGAGGACGAGGAGCUGGAGGAAGAUGGGGAGUGGGAGGAGCUGGAUGAUGAGGAGCUGGAUGAUCUGGAGCUGGAGGAGGUGGAGAAGGAGUUAGCGAACAUGACGGUGAAAGAUGUGCUGAGGAAGGUUCAGGCCGUGCAGACGGACGCCACCACAGAAGAGUCGGGCGUCAACACGGAGGCCGACUGGGAGAGCCAGGUGUCGGCCAUGUUGGAUUACAGCGUCAGCCUGUCGGAGGAGUACGGCGGCCUGAUGAGGAAGCAGGGCGAGGAGGAGGCGGAACAAGAGAAACACAAACAACAACUGCAGAAGAAGAAGGAGGAGGCCGCACGACAGCACCAGGCGGUCAUGGACAAACUGGAGUCUGUGCGAGUCAAACUGCAGCUGAACAACUCCAAGGUCAUCAAGAAGAGCUUCUUAUCCAAAAAACAAGAGAUGACGUCAGAGAAGGACAGAGCGGAGGAGGAGAAGAAGAGGUUGGCCAAUGAGCUGCAGGAGAGCGAGCGGAAGCUGGCGGCGCUCACAGAGGAGCAGAGCGAGGAGCAGCGCAGGUGGCAGGAGGAGCUGGAGGAGCUGAGGCAGGAGAUGGAGCGUGUGAGGACGGAGGCGCAGGAGGCGGAGCUGCAGGCCUUACAGGACGAGAAAGCCGCGGUGGAGAAGCAGAGGGACGCAGCUAUAACUCACAUCGAUGUCUGGCUGAAAGAGCUGGGUCAGUACCUGAACGCUCUGCGGGUGGAGUCUCCUCAGCAGUAUCACCACGAGAGGCUGAAGUGGGAGAAGAAGGAAGCUGCGGUGCGGAGGAGUCAGGCCGAGCUCCAGAGCCGCUUCCAGGAAGUGAUGCAGCAGCUCCAGCAAGGCCGAGAAUUAGAGACCCUCACAAAGGUCACCGUCCCAACUCUGCCGCAGGUCCCCACGGUCGAGCUGAGGAUCAAUCAGCUGAUCCAGACACUGGUUCAGCCGCAGUUUGGGCCCCCCCAUCCUCCUCCCAUGGCGAUGGUCCGAUCCUUCCCCCCUCCACAUUACUACCAGGACCAGUACCAGCCCCCUUACCGACCUCCGUUCCGUCAGCGCUACCCGCACCCACGACACCUCCCGCCACCCGAUCCCUACUUUCAUCCUGAACACUUCUUCCAACCGCAGUUCCAGCCGCACAUCAGAGCGCCACUGAGGGUGACGCCCCCUCUCAGUCUCUCCCCCUCCCCUCCUGUUUACCCUGUAGCUCCUUCACCGCCUCCCACCGCUGCCGCCUCCGCUACGUCAGCCACCUCCGCCCCCGCCGGCAAAUUGGACAAAGUCCUGGAGAAGCUCGGGACUCGCUUCCCACAAUGCAACAAGGCUCAGCUGACUCAGCUGCUGCAGCAGGUGAAGAGCUCCCGCGGCACGUUAGCUGGCAUGUCCAUGGAGGAGGUCAUGGAGCAGGUCGGUGUGAAGCUGGCCCAGAACGAGAGGGUGGCCCCGGGGCCCAUCGGCCGGCCCUUGCCCCUGGGCCCGAUCCAGAGGCCGCCGCCCUCCCCGCAGAGAGCCAGAUCGGCGUCGGGUGGAGGUCCGAGUACCGGGGCCCGUAAACUCUGCCUGAUGUGCCAGAACGCCGUGGAGCCAGAGAGCCGCCACCCGCUGAGCUGCUCCCACACCAUCCACAAGGACUGCAUCCGCAUGUGGCUGCAGUCGAGCAAGAACAACUCGUGUCCCUUCUGUCCCGCCAAGUGACCCCGGGACAUCACCGGACACGAGCAGCAUGCUGACGUCACCACGCCCACUGCUUUACAAAGCACCAAACUAAUGAUGAACAUUGAUUGGAUAUCAGUAUAUGAUAAUUCAUAAAUGAUCAUGUGACUGUAAAUUAAAGUUUUCUGUAUGAUAACUUUUUUGUGGAAUUUAUCAAUUUUUUAAAUAAAAGAUAUAAAAGAUA